UCCUGUGCCAUACAUGCGCAAUACAUUCGCCUUGUGCGAGUUCGUGGACGAAGUCGUACGAUAAAGCUGAGCUAGGAUCAGUAAAUCAUCAGGCAUGGAAAGGGAAAUGGAACGAGGAACAGCUACUUUAGCUGGAAGAGGGAGAGCUGGUUUGAGCAUUAAAGAUCGGCUGAAAAGGCGAGCAGCGAGUUUUUCAUUUUCUGGGACAAAGUCAGAAGGACACAAGUUGCAGCAUUUUAGGAAAAGACGGUUUUUGUUUGACAAGCAAAAUGGAAAUUCACAGAGCGAGGUUUUCUCUAACUUUAAACGUUACCGCCUCGGGUCGAUGGAUAGAGGUCAAGAAAAGAUUGUGCUGCCGACAAAGUUUUUGCUGGGAGGAAAUAUUAAUGACCCACUGAAUCUCAACAGUUUAAAUGACGAAGAAAUCAACAGAGUUCUGAAUGAGAAAACACCCCAGAGUUCUCCCAUACGAAUACCUGCACAUCGACUUAGCAUUGAAGUGAAGAUACCUGUGAAUAUUCAUGAUCCGCUAAACCUUUUAGGAGAUGAUAAUGCUGAACCAAUUGUAAGGCAGUUUCGAAAACGCAAAAGACACAGACCAAAAAAGAGAGACCAGAGCGUUUCAUCAGGUGUGUCGAGUGCAAAUGUUAAUCAGGAGAAACAUGGUAAUACAAAAGAUGCCAUACUAGAAGCCCUAAAAAUUGAUGUAGAGCCUUCUGAAGAGCAAGACACAAGCUUGUCUGAUUGUGAUCCACAACCUUCAUCUGCUGAAAAACCACAGCAAGCUAGUUCUUCAAAAUUAACUAAAAUUGUGUCACCUGUUAUCAGACAAAGCCCCAAAAUUAAAAAGCGACGAAGGACAAUUAGUGAGUGUGCAUCAAGUACUCACACUGAAACCUCCAGAGCUCUGUUCCGCAGAUCCAGUAGUCCUGAAGCAUUGAGAAAUGUCACCCCAAGGAAAUUUAAACGACAGACCAGUGGUUCAUCAGUUGCUAGUAAACCGAAGGCUUCCCAAGAAACAGUGGCACCAUCUCCCCCUAAAAAAUUUGCAAAAAAGCCUCAUUUUAUCCAUGGCAACUACAAUAGAUACUAUGGCUAUAGAAAUCCCCAGAUGGAAAUAGAUCAUCGGCUGACAAAACUAAAACCUGAAUGGUUUGAAGGUAAGGAUGUGCUUGACAUUGGAUGUAAUGUGGGACAUAUCACUUUGGCCAUUGCCCAGAAUUUUCACCCUAAGAAAAUUGUAGGGACUGACAUUGAUCACAACCUGAUCAGGGCAGCACGACACAACAUCCGUAACUACUUGUCUAAAAAACAUGGUGAUGUUUCAUAUCCAUCAUCAAGCACCAUCAAUUAUGGUCCUAUUGAAGCACCACCUAUUGCAGACAAUAGGCAAGGCUUUCCCCGCAAUGUCAUUUUCAUGCAAAGCAAUUAUGUGCUGGAAAAGGAUGAACAGCUAGAGUUUGUUCAUGAAGAGUAUGAUACCAUAUUAGCACUUAGUCUCACCAAAUGGCUUCAUCUAAACUAUGGUGAUGCUGGACUGAAGCGUGCAUUUCAUCGCAUGUACCGUCAGCUGCGUCCAGGUGGCAGGCUAAUCCUUGAACCACAGCCAUGGGCAUCAUACCGGAAAAGGAAAAAACUCACUGAAACCAUCUACAAAAACUAUUGCAGCAUUGAAUUACGUCCAGAACAAUUCAGGCACUACCUUCUUUAUGAGAUUGGUUUUUCCAAGUGUGAGGUCAUUGAUGUGCCAUUUAACAGGUCAAAUGGGUUCAGGCGACCUUUGCUUCUGUUUACAAAAACAGAAACGCAAUAUAACAGCCCAGCAAUGUUUGGCUUUGUGACGCCAGUCAGCACUCCUAUGCCCUCUACAUUUCAUGUAGACACUAGUGAACAGCCUCAUGAUGACUACUGCUCCAGCAGAAGUUUUACGCCAUCAAAGUGUUCCACCUGCAUCUCAGGCAGCUGCACACCAUGCUCCUAUGUAGCAAGCCCUUACAUAGCAGAUUUUGGAUUGGGCGCUGACUCUGAGCAAGUGCCAAAUGAGUCGGAGGCAAGCAACACUGCUUCUGAAGUGACUUUAUCCACAGGUUCUACAAAUGUUGUUUUCCAGAAGGAUGAGUCAGUAUCAAAGGACUCUGCAUUGACAGAAAAUGCUUAUGACAAACGAUCUUCUGGUUCUGAAGAAGGAAAGGGCAUGCAGGAUACUGGACAUCUUUGCAAGUCGUCUUCCUCUGCCCACUGCAAGGAUGGUAGCAGUUCUUCACAGUCAAGUGUGGUGCUGACAGACUGCAACAUCUUGGUCGCAGGCAGCGCUGCUGCCAUUGCUGACACAAUUAGUGACACAAAUGAGCUUGGGGAUUCAGUUUCUGGUGACAUUUGCUGAAAAAGUGCAGGUGCCUUGAGAAAAUAAUAUAGUGUUGUUUUUUUUUUUAAAUGUGAUGCAGAGAAUGAUUGGAUAUAAAGAGAGUUGUUUCUCUUUGUAAUUCAUGGUCAUUUCAAGGACAAGACUGUGGCUUGGAUUAGAAGUAAUGUUUACUUUUUGCACUCUUGGCUGUCUCAGUGUUAUUCAAAACUGGUUUCCACUCGUAUAAAGACUGAUGGGUUUGAUGACAGUCAUUGAUGGGCAGCAUUUGUUUACUUUGUAUGGGCUUUGUAAUAGCAGAUUCAUACUUCUUGUCACUUGAGUUUCCUAGGUUUUUUUUUUUUUUUUUUUUGACUGGCAUUUUCUCUUGCUAUCCCUUGCCCAUUUUGUGUGUAAGAGAGAGAGAGAGCUACAACUUACUUUUCUAUUCUUUGAAAAAAAGCUUUUGUUGAAUCUUCUCCUUGUUGUGUUAAAUAGUCACGUGUGCGCAUGCACACAAACAAGGAGGGCACCGGUAUGCAAGGAUGACUACUAGCCAUUCGCUUAGAUCACCAACAUUUUUUAAACAGUGUUUUUCCUACACUUUAAAAUGCGAUUUGCAAAUAGUGCAGAUCUGACUGACAGCAGAAAAUAAAGUUAUUCAUGGCAAAGUCUGCAUUGACAUUUUGUUCCAGCUAGGUGUAUCCUGUUUCCUUUUUUUAUUUAAAAACCACAUUUCCAGUUGUUUUUUUUUACAUGAUCUAAUUUGAGCAGUUAUUAAGAAAAGUCUAGUUUUAAUCUGCAUCUGUGUUGUUUCCAAAGAUUUUAUCUAAAAUUGUUGUUUUCUUGCCCAAGGCAAAAUACUCUUGAACAUAUUUGCUCCUUCUGUGCUACCACAAUUUAAACUUUUUGUUAUAUUUCACUGUUAAUAAGCAGCUGCCACAGGCAUAAAUUUGUCUCUGGUUUGCAUUCAUGGAAGUAUGGAUCAUACUUCUACACACCGAAAAAUAAAGACAAAAGUUGUUCUUUCCUUAUCUUUUUUUAUUUAUUUGUGUCUUAUCUUUUAUUUCACUUCUGCUGUUUUACAGGAUCUGGAAUUGUUAAAAGUGCAUCAGAUUAUUUGAAAAACAAAUGAAAUUGUCCUGGAAAUUUUGACAAAACGUGCAGAAGGAAAAGAUUUGAAAAAAAAAUAUUACCUUGUCAACUUAAGAAUACUGCAAAGUAUAUUUUCAAAAAUUAAACUUUCCUUCACAUGAUAAGUUAUUAUAAUUUUUUAUAAACUCCUUCAAAUAUGGUGGUAAUACUUGCAAUGGUCAUUUUUACAGUCUACUAGGUGAAAAUGUAAAAUGAAUACACUACUGUUCAGUGUUGCAUGCAUACAGGUCAAAUCAUUUUUAAAAACAUCAGGGAAAGGGAAGCCACUGUCUUGAAAAAUGCUAUGGACGGAAAAAAAAUUAUUCAUCAAAUUUGAUUCACAACUGUUGUGCAAUCACAGGAAUGCUAUAGUAUAAGGCAUUUUGAAUUAUCAAGAAUUUCUAAUACAAGUAUCUAUUUUUAAAAUCUUAAGAGGUUUUACAAGUUUCAGCAGAUCUUGUAUAUUUGAAGUGAACAAAUUCAGAAAUAGUUAAGAAAACAUGGUUUAUCUUUUUCCCUUAUAUGGGUCAUACGAGGUCAUAAACUAUCUGUGUGUGCUUGUUCCAUUAGAGAUCAGCUGAUGUGUUUCUGUUCUAAGUGCAAUCUGUAGUUGUCGUGCAUUUUCCACAUUUCAUGAUCAUUAUGUAAUAAGUAAUGUUAAAAUAGUCCAAGAAUGCUACUUUUUUAACGUACUAGCUUUGGCUGUCACCUAAUAUUGACAUUUUAGCUUAUUGCCUGCCAUAGCUAUAGACAUCUUUGAAAUAAAAUUCAGUAUAUUGUGGAAAAUUAGAAACAGAGAAAACAUACACAUUAGAUGAAGAACUUUUCAGUCAUCUACCAGAGAAGCAAAUGGUCCACCUUUUGAAACAGCAUGUAAGCCUCUUUGAAAAGAUGUAGCACAUAAUUGUUUUGUUUUUUGGAGACACAAAACUUACUUUCAAUUUUGUCCGAGCAAGUAAUUUCAGAUGCAUACAGUAAUCAGUGGACUGAUAAUCACUUUCUUAAUAAAAACUUUUAUCAUCAGCUAUAAAAGGUUUAUAUAUGUGUGUGUGUGUUUUAAUGAAUGUGAAAGAUGAUUCCAUCUAGGUUCUUUUGAUUUACAAAAGAGUGUAUAUUGUCUAUCUCACGUUUGCAGAUAAAAUGGGAUAAAAUGUUGUGAAAGUUUACUUUUGUUGAACUGUGCACUUUUCUGGAAAAAAAUUCUAUUUUUAUCCUUUUCAGUCAGUGUAUGUUCACCAACAUGCAUGGAACAUGCAUCCAUGCAUGCACACUCUUAGACAAAUAAUGACAACUCUUUACCACAGAGAAAAGUGUUAGUCCUUCUACAGAUUAGGAAUAUACAAAAAUAAUCCUCAUAAAAUCUAGCACGUGCAUAUUGCUGAAGAUCUGUGAAGGAUGUUUAUGUAAGUAAUUAAUACUAGACUUUGAAUGGGAGUGGAUUAAGAUUUCAUUUUCUCUCACAAUUGAAAAUCUGUACAUUAAUGAUUGACAUUUAGGUUUCUAUUAUUUGUAGUUGUGCAUUCAUUUUUUUCCAAUAUCAUACAAUGAUUCUUAUUUACUGAUUCAGUUUAAUGAAUCUCACCCUACUCCCUUCUGAAAAAUACAUGUACAGUCCCAUCUCCAUUUAACUGCUAUCACAUAGCAUUUCUGUGUUUAGUCAUAGAAUGUUGUUUAAGCAUUCUGCGGUUACCUCAAGUUUUCCUUUUACAGAAUGGCAUUUUCAUGGGCAUUAUAAGUUUGUAGUCGGACCUCGAUAAGUCGAACUCAAAGGGACCCGAAAAGAAAUUCGACUUACGGAGUUUUCGAGUUAGGGAAAAUGGCGUAAUAGGCGCAGGUAUUUGGCCUGGAACUAACAAUUAAUUCAAUAUAGGGAGGUUUUUGACUUAGGUAAGGUCGACUCAUCGAGGUCAGACUUAAAGCAAAAUCAAAAUAUUGUGUUUUUGUAAUUUUCAUAGUUACUGUGUUUAGUUAAACAACAAAUAUGUGCUGAAAAAGUAGAUCAAUGAUCAUGUUGCUGCUGAAAAUCUUGUGCUUGGUUUAACACUGCAUUUAUUUGCCAGAUAAAAGGAUGCUAGGAAUAGUGAAUGAGUUUACUGCUCAUCUGCUUCUAGACUUCGAGAUGCUUGGAUUUGUGUAACAUCAGUCACCACUGACAGUUUAUAAAAUAAAAACAAUGGUACAUCAAAAUGAAAUAGAAGGGUAGUAUGGUUAUUUUCAGAUAUUUUCAAAAUCUCUUUUUGAAGGUAAGCAAUUUUUGCAUUAUUCAUAGGAAUAAUGUAAAUACACCAAAUUUUACUAGAUCCCACUACUACUUAUCCGUUAAAGAAAGCUAUCAGCAGCUCCUUUAUAUGCAUGAACACGGACACAUAUAAAUGCAUUUAUGUAUUCACAUGUUUUUAUACGUAGACAUAUGCAUACAAAUUAUUAAAGUUACAUUUAGGAAGAAUCCAUAUUGGUCAUUCACCACUUUUCCCUAUACAGUCCAUACAUUUGUGUUAUUUAAAAACUAAAAUGGCCAGUUCGAUUGUAGAGAAUCUAAACCUUUUAAAUUUGUAAUUUAAAUGGGAAAAUCAAUUUGAUAUCAGGCUUUCUCUUAAAAUGUUUAGUUUAGCAGAGAUGAACAUUAAAAGUGGCAUUAGACGUUACACGCAUGUAGGCAAGAAAUGGCCAUUGUAUCUGUAAUCUUUCUAUAUUCUUGGGUUUGGUAAGGUUGGUUUAAAGAGUGUUUCAAGUGACAUAGUGAAUACACUGAUGCUGGCGACAUCUAGAAAACAAUCUACAAACAGAUUGAAUUUAAAUUGCCAUUCAGAAGUCACAUUCAUGUUUAUCUGCUUGGUAUGUUACUGUGCUUUUAUUUUGCUUUGAUAACUGUGGGAUGCAUGGGAGGUAAUAAGUACAAACUUGCAGUAUUAUUGUACAGUGAUGCUUCUUGCUUUCUCUAUGCAACGGUAGAUGUUACCCCUCUUGAUCCAUUAAAAGUUGACAUGAUCA